CGGAACAUCUCUUUCCCUCUCCCUCCCCGCGCGGGGCUGACAAAGUUGAUUCAACCGUCACAUCGCCACAUCGCCGACACCGUGUCCGGUUGUUCCGGGCAAUGCUUAUGCAAAUGACAUCAUCCCGACAUUUGGAUCGCGCGUCUCCGCGUCUUUUUGUAUAACAACAGCCGCAAACAGGCGGAGCGCCAUCUUCGUGCACAGCAAUUGCACAACGGAGUCGUCCGUCUGGAAUGCGUCCGGAUCCGUUAGCGCACUGCAACACGACCAUCACGCAAAGGCACUGAGACGACCCAUAUAUAAGUAGACUGCUCCGCGUCUGAGCGAGUUGGGAGAUUAGGUAUCGUCAGCUGUCAAGCGGCACACCCUGAGCUCCCCGUCAGCCCCACCUGACUUACUCACACCAACAUCACGCCACUUACACAAGUCCGCCACAAUGACCAAGAUCGUCACCGUCGUCGGCGCCACGGGUGCCCAGGGCAGGGCCGUGGUCAACGCCUUCCUCAACAACCCGGCCUACAAAGUCCGCGCCAUCACGCGCAACCCGUCGGGCGCCGCCGGCCAGGCGCUGGCCGCCAAGGGCGCCGAGGUCGUGUCGGCGGACCUCAACGACCUCGAGGGCCUGACCAAGGCCUUCGCCGGCUCGCACGUCAUCUUCGGCAUGACCAACUUCUUCGAGCCCUUCAUCGCGCACCAGGACCCCAUCAAGGCCAUGGAGGUCGAGGUGCAGCAGGGCACCAACCUCGCGCGCGCGGCCGCCGCCACGGCGACGCUCGAGCACUACAUCUGGAGCACGCUGCCCAACGCGCUGGCCGUGUCGGCCGGCAAGUACCUGGUGCCGCACUUCGAGGGCAAGAACCGCGUGGACGCCUACAUCCGCGAGCGCGAGCCCGCCCUGCUGCGCAAAACCACCUUCCUCUGGGUCGGCUUCUACAGCACCAACUACGCGUUCCCCAUGUACACGCCCUACCCGAUCCCGACCGCCGGCAAGCACGUGCAGUUCGCCAACUUCGCGCCCGACACGCCCAUUAGCUCCAUCGGCGACGUCGCCGUCAACCUGACGCCCUUCGUCCGGGCCGUCGUCGAGCAGCGCGCCCGCACCGCCGGCGGCGCCAUCGUGCUUGCUGUUAGCAGCGUGACGACCGCCGCCGACAUGCUCCAGACGUGGGCCCGGGCCAGGGGCGUCCAGGCCCAGAUCGUGCGCGUCAGCGGCCGGGACUACCGCGACCUCUGGCCGCUGUGGGCCGACGAGAUCGGCAUCAUGAACGAGUACUGGGACGAGUACCGCGAGAAGAGCUGGUCUGACCCCGCCGGCGCCAAGGUGCUCACCAAGGAGGACCUGGGCGUGCAGGAUGCCGAGCUGCAGAGCCUGGAGGUGGCGUUCAAGGCGCUGGAGCUGUGAAUCGGUGUUGAUUAGCCGGUGGUGCGUUUCUGGUUUUGUUGUUGCGUAACGAGUGAGCGGAGAGCAGGUAAUUACACAGAAAUUUAAUUAUUUGUUGACUUGGAGAACUUGGACCGGCGUUGGGGGCCGCGCCGUUACGCUUCGGAUUUCGGGAAACCGGCCUUUCUCGCUAACACCGACAAUUCGACAAUGCUCGGUUUUGUCUUCGCAACUCCUGGUCAAGUCCUACCGUGCCUUCGGUCUAUUUAUCUUGAAUGUCCUAGCAAGGCACCACAAUGUUUCACUUGUUUAAGUUUGCCUAGCGGCAAUUGUUCAGCC